AUGGUGAUGGACCGUAUCAGGAAUGGACAGCCCAUCACCGCUCUGGAACUAACGGCGCUAAACUUCACUUUCGCCAUGAUCCGAAGCUACGCCAGGUCUCAUAUGAGUGCCUUUCAUUCACCCCAGUGUCCACGAAAAUCAGCUGACUGGAGUUUCAUAGACACAUUCGCAGCUCCCGACAACAUGGCACCGUACCCCACUAGACGAUAUCACCCCGAGCAUCCUUUACAUAGACGCAAACUGGCGCUUCUACAGAGGUUUCCCUCCGAGUUGUGGCGGCCUAUGGAACUGAUGUACUACCCUCUUGGAGGUGUCUUCAUCGUUGCACCCAGAGUUUCCUUCAUGAUCGGACUGAACUUUCAAUUUUCUACGCCAACGCAGCAGCUCGUAUGGAGGCUGACUGCGUCGUAUCACGUGUUCUUCUGUAUGUACGGGGCCUUGCACUGGCUCUACAAAGAUCAGAAAUGGUAUCGUGCACAGAAGCGCCUCCAUGGCGUCGUCUAG